AGCAGCCUUUUCAUGAUCAAUUCUUGCAACAGUAUUUGAAUAGAGAGAAUGUCGGAGGGUGAUUUGUUUGAUAUUCCUGAUUCUAAUGAUUAUAAACAUGACCAAGGUAACGGGGACCUUCUACUUGAUACUAACAAUGAUAUUAAUAUGAACGAUUCCACCCAUCAAGAUGAUAUGGAAUUAGAUAAUAAUCAAGACGAUGAAGAUGCAAAGAACGAGGACGAGGACGAGGAAGAAGAAGAAGAGGAGGAAGAAGAGGGCGAGGAAGAAGAGGAUGAGGAGGAAGAAGAGGGCGAAGACGAAGAAGAAGACGAAGAUGACGAAGAUGAUGAUAAUGAUAAUGAAGAUGGUAAAUUUAUGGACGCAGAAGAAAAGUUUACUGAUUCUAAAGACGAUAUACCGAAUGCUAAGCCGAGUGAUUUGAAUAAAGAAAAGGCAAUUGAUAUAGAUACUAAAGAAGACCAGAAAAACGAUGAAGCAAAACAACAAUUAUCAAAUAAUCAAGAAGUGAACGAAGAAGAUAUUGAAAUGGAUGAAAUAGAUAAAAAUGAAGAAGAAAACGAAUUCAGACAACAAACUAUUACAAAGGCUAAAAUUGCAACCGUUUUUGAUAUUGUACCUUCAGUUGCAAUUCCUUAUACUUCUCAAUGCCAUUCUCUUGCAUUCACAUCUGGCCCCAAAUGGAUAUUAACCGGUGGUGAAGAUGGUUUCAUUAGAAAAUAUGAUUUUUUCCAAUCAAUCGAAGGUAAAUCUCCUUUAACAAUGGCCCAAAGACAUAAUUUAGUAGAUUCAAUUACAAAAGCCGGGGUAAUAUCUUCUUAUUGGGAAAAUGAACAACCUUUAACCAAAAGUGAAUUAAUGAAAUUAAACCCAAAAUUAAAACAAAGUGAUUUUAUAACUGGCUCAGUUAGUUAUGAACCUAAAAUUAACCCGGUUUAUUCUCUUGACGUUGAAAAAAAUGGGUUUUGGUGCUUGUCGGGGUUAUUAUCAGGAGGUAUAUCUCUUUAUACUAUGAUUUAUAAUGAAGGUUUCACUCACCAUUAUUUCAAUCACGGCGAACGUAAAAGGUCCGGACCAACUUUAGAUAAUGGUCAUAAUGACGCUGUUUCAGUUAUAACUUUAAAUUCUGAUGAAAAAAAAUUCCUCUCUGGUUCUUGGGAUAAAUCAAUUAGACAAUGGGAUUUAAACUCUGGUAAGUGUGUUACCUUAUUUUCGGGGAGCUCCAGUCAAAUUUCAAAAAUUCAAUAUAGACCUCAAGGUUUAGAAGAUGUUCUAAUAUCAGUUAAUGAAUCAAUGGAUAAUUUACCUUCGGGCCUGAUAAUCAAUCAGAACAGUAAUAAUAAUAAUAGUGAUGUUGAUUCAUUAUUUGGUGAUGAUGAUGAAGAAGAUGACCUGCAAAAAGAAAAAGAAUCUCUUGACAAACAGAACCCUUCCAUAAAUAAAACUCCCAACAUAACAACUAAAACUUAUUCAAAUGAUGAUAUAUUUAUGAGUUCAAGUGUGGACGGUACCAUUAAUAUAUGGGAUGCUAGAAUUUCGUCGGCUGUAUUAAGAAUUGGUUUAUCUGAAGGAACACCUCCUUGGUGUAUGUCGUCAUGUUGGUCAAAUGAUGGUGAAUAUAUUUAUGCUGGUCGUAGAAAUAGUACAGUCGAAGAAUUCUCAAUAAGAAUGCCUCAUAAAAGAUCUCACACUGGUCAAAAUAAAGAUACUAUGGUGCCAAAUGUACUGAAAUUAUUACAAUUCCCAAAAAUAUCUGGUCCAGUCAGUGCCAUAUCAACCAUGCCAAAUAAUGAUUUUUUACUUUGUGGUUCAAAUGAUAAUAUAAGAUUAUAUAAUUUGCAACUCUACGAUUCAAAUUCCUCAGCUUCAAACAACAAAUCAAAACAAGCAACUCCAUUUUUAAUUAUACCAGGUCAUCAUGGUGGUAUAUUAAGUCAUUUAUAUUGUGAUGAGACCGGUAGAUUCAUGGUGAGUGCUAGUGGUAAUAGAGGUUGGGGCCAUUCAACCUUUACAGAUACUGUUCUCGUUUACGAAAUCGACUUUGAAAAUUAAUAGCUAAUUUUUUUGUCAUGCUAAUGACUUUUGUAACUUUAUUAGACACUUCUAUAUAG